UUCCUACAUUUCUAUGCUACUUCAAUUCUUGUCAGACAUUUGACAUAGCUUGCUCAUCGAUCGAUCCCCUUGCUUCCAAGCCAUUCUAACUCAAUAUUAACAUGGCUUCUAAGGAACAUGUAUGUGACAAUUACGUGUUUUUGAAGCCAGAAGAAGUAACUCUCAUCGAGCUUAGUCGCUUUCUGUUUUCCUCUGAUUUAGAGAACAGAAGAUUCAUCAAUUCCUCGGAAGAGGAAGGGAAGAAGGGAGGGAAUUUAGAACGGAGGUGGAUAAUCUUCAUCUCUGUUGUACUGCAAUGGGUUUUCCUCUUUUGCAGUGUUCCUAUGGCGAGAAUAGGGGAUGUGCUCCAGAAAUGGCUCAACCUUGUCUCGACCAACGGCGGACCACUCAUGCUCUUCUUAAACUGGCUAAGAGGAAAGGUGGUCAAGCCGGAUUCAUUAUCAUCGACAUCAGUGUUGGGAAAUCUUGACAGGAGAAUUGAAUUAGACAAGAGCAUCAAACCUGAGGAUACAAUAUACAAAGCGGCUCUCUCCAUCAUGGCUGCUAAGUUGUCAUACGAGAACAAAGACCUCGUUCAAUCCGUCGUUAAUCAUCACUGGAAGAUGAAAUUCGUGGGAUUUUACAACUUUCGGAAUGGUUACCAAGGGCGAGAUUCAACACAGGCCUUCCUGUUCAAAGACACAUUGUCUGACCCUAACUUGAUUGUGGUGGCAUUUAGAGGCACUGCUCCAUUUGAUGCGGAUGCAUGGAGGACAGAUUUCGACAUCUCAUGGUGCGAGUUCAACAAAGUCGGUAAGACGCACGGCGGCUUCAUGAAAGCUCUCGGCCUACAACCAAACAAUCGUUGGCCACUUGAACUAGAAACUGAUCAACUACAAGGCAGUCACCAACAUCCUCAGUUUGCUUACUACACAAUCAGACAAAUGCUGAAAGAUUUACUGCAAGAGGAUGAGAAUGCCAAGUUUAUAUUGACGGGGCACAGCUUGGGCGGGGCGUUGGCGAUUUUGUUUGCCGGGGUGCUAGCAAUGCAUGACUGUGAGUAUGCCUGGUUGCUGGAGAGGUUGGAGGGGGUUUACACGUUCGGACAGCCGAGGGUUGGAGAUGGGAAGUUUGGGGUGUUUAUGAAGGAAAAGUUUAGGAAAUAUGAUGUGAGAUAUAUGAGGUAUGUUUACAGCUAUGACCUGGUGCCUAGAAUACCUUAUGAUGAUAAAGCCCUCUUGUUCAAGCACUUUGGGCCAAGUCUUUACUACAACAGCUGCUAUAGAGGAAAGGUUUUGAAGGAGGAACCCAACAAGAACUACUUUAGUUUGCUAUGGUUCAUACCUAAGUGGCUGAAUGCAGUGUGGGAGCUGUUAAGGAGCUUCAUACUCCCUUUGGUAAGGGGUUCAGACUACAAAGAGGGGUGGUUUAUGAGAUUUUGGAGGCUGGUGGGAUUAGUAAUUCCAGGAUUGGCAGCCCAUGCUCCUCAAGAUUACGUCAAUCUUACAAGAUUGGGAACCCUGCUUAUUCCUAAAGAAAGUCCUAAAGUCGAGUAACAUGCAAGACUUGGAACAGAAUAGCAUAACAUACAGCAUUUUCAAAAACUAAUUAUUCAAUCUAGAGAGUACUAGAGAGUAGCCAAGGGUGGUUUCCCUUGUAAUAUGAAGACUUAAGCUCAACUAGAAGGAUUGUAUUUCAAUUUGCACAAGAAGAAUUCAUAGUGGGAAAAUGGCCGCUGGUGAGAGGACCCCUAAUUCUGGUAGGGUGUCCAAAUCUUUUGGGCGGCCCAUUUCAUGUGAGUGGCCUAAAUCAAACAGGCCUGCUGUUCUCAAAGUGGGUGGAUGCGAUGUUUGGAUUUGGACCCAAUUGCUUAUGAGCCUAGGUCCUUUAGGGUUUCGUAUUUGGGACCCCGAAGGAUUUUCCAUUAACUAGCUUGUCUAUUUACCAAACCUCCUAGCCCUUGUGAGAAGGACAAGGAGAAAAUUUAAAUUGUUUUUUCUGUUUGUGACUUAGCCUAUAUACUAUGCUUCUGUGUAGUUUAUAGGCUCACCUGAAAUAAGUGAGCAUUGAUUUGUAAUAGUGAGUCGUGCUAACAUAUCACUCGUCCCACUAGUCCAUCUGUGGCAGUGGAUGAUAUGUAUUCGUGCCGUUUUGGCCUGAG